CGCCCAGCGCUAAGAGGUAAGUGUAUUUAUAAUUUUCAGAGUGAGCCAAGUCAACACCAGACGUUCUGUCGGAAGGGGGAAAAGAGCAACAAGGAUGAGAAGGUCUUCUCGUUUACUUGAGGUGACAGCUUUACUUGUAAUAGGCAUUCUGUGCCUGGUCAUCAUUUUUUUAAAAGAGGACAUUCCCCCUGAUGAACCCUCUAACCAUGUCCAGAUAAACAGAAUGGAAUUAACCUACAAAAACAGACCUCAGAAACCAACCAGUGAGAGCGCAGGUGUUUUCACCUGGGGCCAUUGUCAACGGAAUGAGUCUGCCGCCAAUGUGUCAGGAUUUUCCACUCUGCCUGGUCACAUCCAAAACUUCCUCUUCUAUCGUCAUUGCCGCCACUUCCCAAUGCUGCUGGACGUACCUGAUAAAUGUGGAGGCCCUCACAAGUCUGCUGACGUCUUCCUUCUGCUGGUCAUUAAAAGCUCACCUGUGAAUUACGACCGCCGUGAGGUACUACGGAAAACCUGGGCCAAGGAGAGACUGCAAAACGAGGUGUGGAUCCGCAGGAUUUUUCUCUCUGGAACCACAGGCACAGGCUUUGAGAAGCGCACGCUAAACAAGCUUUUACGACUGGAGAAUCGUGAGCAUAAUGAUAUCUUGCAGUGGGACUUCAACGACUCCUUCUUCAACCUCACCCUGAAGCAAAUCGUGUUCCUAGAGUGGAUGGACAAGAACUGCCGCCAGGCCAGAUUUCUCUUCAACGGUGACGAUGAUGUCUUCGCCAACACAGAUAACAUGGUGGACUUCCUUCAGAGCCAGAAAAACAAAGAUGGUGACAAGCACCUUUUUGCGGGCUAUCUAAUCCGCUAUGUCGGACCCAUUAGAGAGUCAGGGAGCAAAUACUAUGUCCCAGUCCAGGUUCAAGAGUCAGACUCGUAUCCCCCUUAUUGUGGUGGAGGGGGCUUCCUGCUCUCUGGAUACACAGCUAUGGUCAUUUACAAAAUGUCCCAUACCAUUCUCAUUUUGCCAAUUGACGACGUCUACAUGGGAAUGUGUCUGGAAAAGGCUGGUCUUAGUCCAGAGUCCCAUUUUGGUGUCAAGACUGCUGGACUGCAAGUCCCCUCCCAAAAAGUGGACGCUUACGACCCUUGUUAUUACAGGGAAAUAAUUCUAGUACACAGAUUUCUACCCCAUCAGAUAUAUAUUAUGUGGCAUGGAAUACAUGAACCUAACUUGAAAUGUGGGAAUUUGCAAGGUUCACUUUAACCCUUGAAAUCAGUCGCCUGCUCAGGUUUCUUUUUCCAAUCUUUUUUUGCCAAGCAAUUACUGAGGUGUGGUCUCUCAAAGCAGGUGUUAUUCCUGCAGAUGUUUGGACAAUGCCGGAUCUAUUGGUAUAUGGCAGGUUACUGUGAAAUUUGACAGCUGGCACUGUUAUUCAUGUAAAUGAUUGACAACACAUUGAUUUAUAAUCCCCCAAAAAAAUGAAUAGACGUGUAUACCUGCCACUAUGCAUCACUUUUAUUUAUUAUACUUUAAAAGGGCAAUGAAUGUCCAUUUUGUUUAGCCGUUGAUUCUCUCUUUCUUUACACUCCUUGUCUGCUGUGUUUGACCUUUUUAUCUGAACACUCUAGUGUAAACCACAGUGCCUCAGGAACACCCCACCACCCGCUAAGCUCAGAAAGGAAACUGUUGUGGUUCACUGCAAAAUAACGACUAAAUAAGGGGAUUUUUGGGGGGGUUCCAGGUUUCCACUUCAUUACUAUCGCAAUCUGACCAUGUCAGAAUCAGAUCAGUGAUUAAAAGAAGGAAGGCAUAGUAGCACAAUCAUUCCAUCUCAUCAUUGAUUCUGUUUUGAAAGGACGAUAAUUAUUCAAUGCCAGUGAGUUACAACUGAACAUGUAUCUAACUUUAAUAUUUAGCCUUUUUUUUCAUUUUCUAAUUGGUUUAUUUUAAUGGAUUAGGGACAUAUAGAAAUUAACAUUAGAAACCGGUAUUCAAAUCAUAGUUUAAGCAAUUUUUCAACGCUACUUGUGAUACAAUUAGCUGAUUUUUCCAUGACCACACGCACUUUUGGGAUGGUGUGGGGGCUUCCAGGAAACAAAUGAUCCAUUGUGUUAGAAAUGCCAAGGCAGUCCGCCCCUGGGUCGGGAAGAUCAGAUCCCAAUACUAUUUUAAUCAUCUACACUUGUCCAAAAAUUUGGGCACAGUCAGAAUAUGGACAAGAUCAGGACAAAGGAUGCAUGUUAGCACCAGGUAUACAUUUUAGUAUUUGUAUUUAUUAUGGAUCCCCAUUAGCUGCUGCCUUGGCAGCAGGCCCAUACUCCAUUGCCACAUAUCUACAACGCAAAAUCCAUGUGUACGUGUGUGUAUAGUGCGUAUGUUAUCAUGUGUGUAUGCAUGUGUCUGUGCCUAUGUUUGUUACUUCACAUAAGGUGUAUUUUUACCUGCUUUUUAAAUUUGAUUCUACUGCUUGCAUCAGUUAGCCGGUGUGGAAUAGAGUUCCAUGUAGUCAUGGCUCUAUGUAGUACUGUGUGCCUUCCAUAGUCUGUUCUGGACUUGGGGACUGUGAAAUGACCUCUGGUGGCAUGUCUUGUGGGGUAUGCAUGGGUGUCCGAGCUGUGUGCUAGUUUUUUAAACAGUCAGCUUGGUAUCUUCCGCUUGUCAACUCCUCUUACAAAAACAUGUAAUGAGGAAGUCAAUCUCUCUUCCACUUUGACCCAUGAGAGAUGUACAUGCAUGUCAUUAAUGUUAGCUCUCUGAUUACUUUUAAGGGCCAGCCGUGCUGCCCUGUUCUGAGCCAACUGCAAUUUUCCCAAGUCCCUCUUUGUGGCACCUGACCACACGACUGAACAGUAGUCUAUGUGCGACAAAACCAGGGCCUGUAGGACCUGCCUUGUUGAUAGUACUGUUAAGAAGGUAGAGCAGUGCUUUAUUAUGGACAGACUUCUACCCAUCAUAGCUACUGUUGUGUCAAUAUGUUUUGACCAUGACAGUUUACAUUCCAGGGUUACUCCAAGCAGUAUAGUCACCUCAACUUGCUCACUUUCCACAUGAUUCAUUAUGAGAUGUAGUUGAGGUUUAGGGUUUAGUAGAUGAUUUGUCUCAAAUACAAUGCUUUUAGUUUUGGAAAUAUUAAGGACUAACUUAUUCCUUGCUACCCAUUCUGAAACUAACUGCAGCUCUUUGUUAAGUGUUGCAGUCAAUUCAGUUGCUGUAGUAACUGACGUGUAUAGUGUUGAGUCAUCUGCAUACAUACAUACACACCCUGGCCUUACUCAAAGCCAGUAGCAUGUCGUUAAGUAAAGAUUGAAAAAAGCAAGGGGCCUAAACAACUACCCUUGGGAAUUCCUGCUUCUACCUGGAUGAUGUUUGAGAGGCUUCCAUUAAAGAACACCCUCUGUGUUCUGUUAGACAAGUAACUCUUUAUCCACAUUAUAGCAGGGGGUGUAAAGCCAUAACACAUACAUUUUUCCAGCAGCAGACUAUGAUUGAUCAUGUCAAAAGCUGCACUGAAGUCUAACAAGACAGCCCCCACAAUAAUGUUAUCAUCAGUUCCUCUCAGCCAAUCAUUAGUCAUUUGUGUAAGUGCCGUGCUUGUUGAGUGUCCUUCCCUAUAAACAUGUUGAAAUUCUGUUGUCAAUUUGUUUACUGUGAAAUAGGACUGUAUCUGGUCAAACACCAUUUUUUUUUCUAGAAGUUUAGUAAGGGUUGGUAACAGGCUGAUUGGUCAGGCUAUUUCAGCUAUUCUAUUCUUGGGUGGUGGAAUGACUUUCGCUUCCCUACAGGCCUGAGGGCACACACUUUCUAGUUGGCUUAAAUUGAAGAUGUGGCAAAUAGGAGUGGCAAUAUCGUCCGCUAUUAUCCUCAGUAAUUUUCCAUCCAGAUUGUCAGACCCUUCUUCCACAUUUGACUUUACGUAAUUCAAAAGCACAAUUCUUGUCUUUCAUAAUUUGGUCAGAUAUACUUGGAUGUGUAGUGUCAGUGUUUGUGGCUGGCAUGUCAUCCCUAAGUUUGUUUAUCUUGCCAAUGAAAAAGUAAUUAAAGUAGUUGGUAAUAUCA